CCGCGCCUGCGCAGUGCCAGCACCGCAGCUUUCCCGCGCGGUUGAAGGAUGAGAAGUAGUAAGGAGCCGUUUUUUGUGAAGUUCAUAAAGUCUCCCGGGAGCUCGGAGUAUUUUUCUAAGGCUCUUGAGUCUAUAAAAGAAUUCCAGUCAGAAGAACAUCUCCAGAUCCUCGAAGAAGAAGCAGUACUCAAUAUAAAAGAAAAUGAUAAAUCACUGUACAUUUGUGAUCCUUUCAGUGGCGUGGGUUUCAGUCAUCUCAAGAAGCUUGGCUGUAGGAUUGUUGGACCACAGGUAGUUCUGUACUGCAUGCAGUCGCAGCGGUGUGUCCCGAGAGCCGAGCAUCCCGUGUACAACAUGACCAUGGCUGAUGUCACAGUGUCCUGUACCAGCCUGGAGAAGGACGUGAGGGAAGAAGUUCAUAAAUAUGUGCAAAUGAUGGGUGGAUGUGUAUACAGAGAUCUCAACGUGUCAGUAACUCAUCUUAUAGCUGGAGAAGUUGGCAGCAAGAAAUACUUGGUAGCUGCUUCCCUGAAGAAACCUAUUUUGCUUCCCUCUUGGGUUAAGACAUUGUGGGAUAAGUCUCAGCAACGCAUAAUGAGGUACACUGAUGUUAACAUGGAAGACUACGCCUGUCCUGUGUUCCUUGGCUGCACGAUUUGUGUCACUGGCUUAAGCAGCUCCGACAGGAAAGAGGUGCAGCGCCUCACUGCUGAGCACGGUGGGCAGUACACGGGGCAGCUCAAGAUGAAUGAAUGCACUCACCUCAUAGUGCAAGAGCCAAAAGGUCAGAAGUAUGAAUGUGCCAAAAAGUGGAAUGUGCACUGUGUGUCUGUGCAGUGGUUUUCUGACAGCAUCAAGAAAGGCUUCUGUCAGGAUGAGACAAUGUAUAAAAUAGAGGCUGGAUCAAAACUGAGUAAUGCACCCAGUACAUCAACACCUACAAAUGACACAAGCAAGCCUCCCAGUCACGCCUUUUCGGAUGUCAGCCACAUUUCCAAUAUCAAUUUGAGUGGUGUUAAUGAAACUGCAUGUACUUCAGCUAUGAGCAGCAGACUGGAUCCUGUUUCUGAUGAGCUGGAAAAUCUGGACAUAAGUUCUUUUCAGGCCGCUGAAGAUUUGUUAGAUGGGUGUCGAAUCUAUCUCUGUGGCUUCAGUGGCAGGAAGUUGGACAAGAUGAGAAGGCUUAUUAAUUGCGGUGGUGGCGUUCGAUUUAAUCAACUUAAUGAAGAUGUUACUCAUGUCAUUGUGGGGGAAAAUAAUGAUGAGCUGAAACACUUUUUGGACAAGACUGCUCACAGGCCUCAUAUAGUGACUGCAAAGUGGUUGCUGGAGUCAUUUGGGAAAGGCUGUCUGUGUCCAGUGGAGCAUUAUAUCCCUCUAAACUACCAGCUCUUAGAGAAUCCAAUUUUAGAACAACCCGGAUUGAAGUCAAUUUUUCCCAAAAACAACAGUCUUUUGAAGAAAGAUGCUGUCAACAUUAUAAAGCACCAGAAAACUGCUGAAGAUGACUUCCUCUCUCAAUAUGUAGAUAACUAUUCUGCACUAGAUGAAGUUGAAAAACUGACAUCCAGAACCCUCAGUGACGUUACUAACUCGACUGCCCAAGGAGAGAAUCAACCUUCUGUCUGUAAUGGGAAUGGGUCUUUGGCAGAGUCUUCUGCACUGGCUGAAGGAGGCUUAUUUUUCAGGAAGAGAUUUCUUCUUCUGGGUUUUGGUGAAGAGGACGAGUCCUGCAUUGCAGAUAUUAUCAAGGACAAUGCUGGGGAAGUUCUGCCACUGCAAAGCAGAACCAUUGCAGACUAUGCUGUGGUACCUUUAUUAGGGUGCACUGUGAAGGCAACUGUUGGUGACGUUGUCACAAAUACAUGGCUGAUAACAUGCGUGGAACAGCAGGCCCUUUUAGAUCUCCGAUCCAAUCCACUUUUCACGCCAGUCCUGGUGAUGGAGGGAGCUACCCCUCUGGAAGAUUGUGUUCUUUCUUUUAGCCAGUUCACGGGUGCAGAGAGAGACUCCCUUGCUUAUCUGGCAGAACUGCUGGGAGCCAGAGUCCAAGAAUUCUUUGUGCGGAAAGCCAGUGUGAAAAAAGGAAUGUUUGCCAGCACUCAUCUUGUGGUGAGAGAACCGAAUGGCUCCAAGUAUGAAGCUGCAAAGAAGUGGAAUUUGCCAGCAGUCACUGUAGCUUGGCUUUUGCAGUCUGCAAGGACAGGAAAGAGGGCAGAUGAAAGCAAGUUCUUGGUUGAAAAUGCAGAGGCUGAAGAUAUGGAGAGUUUCAUUACUCAGAUUAGCAAGACACCAGCAACUGUUAAGUCUCCUGAUUUGGAACAGCCUUUUCAUCUUCUUGAAGCUGGAAAAAAAGGACCUGUGACCCCACUUGAUAUCAACAGGUUUCAGAGUAAAGCUUUUCAAGCUGUAAUCUCUCAUCAUACCGGGAAGACAACUCCUGUUGCACAAGGGGGACCACUUCAGAAAGAACCAUCUUUAAAUCUUGACACACCAUCAAAGUUUCUUUCUGAAGACAAGUUCUUCAAGCCUUCUUUUGAUGUGAAGGAUGCUCUGGAAGCUCUGGAAACUCCUAGAGGUCCUGAACAAAGAACCAGGAGACUGAGCACACCUCUCUCCGAAGUUAUCAGCAGAAACUUGAAACUGGCACUGGCAAGCAGUACAGCUCGUGCAUCAGCUCUUACUGCCAGCCCUCAGUUGGCUGCUGCACAGCCAGAAGUGGAAGAAGAGCCCAAGCCUCUAGCUGAUGCUGUUAUAUAUGUUAGUAAAAAACUUAAUAACAGGCAAAGGGAGCUGAAUGCAAUAGCAGCUUCUCUUGGAGCAGACUACAGAUGGUGCUUUGAUGAAACAGUAACACACUUCAUCUAUAAGGGCGGACAGAAUGAUAACAAUAAGGAGUACAAAUCUGUUAAAGAACGGGGUAUACAUAUUGUUUCAGAACAUUGGCUUUUAGAGAGUGCCCGAGAAUAUAAACGGCUUCCUGAAUCUCUCUUUCCUCACACUUACAAUCCCAAAAUGAGCCUGGACAUCAGUGCAGCACAAGACAUCAGGCUCUCCUCCUCCAGUAAACCUCUUCCAACUGGAAAACCAGCAGAGGAAAAUGAGAUUAUUCCAGUGGAUGAAGAUGAUGCUGAAGAUGACAUAACUACUGACCAAAUAAAGGAAACAGUCACUGUAGGGGAAGAACAAAGUGUAGCAAGUGAAUCCAAAGGAGUUUUAACCCAAGCACUAGAAAUGAGGGAGAACUUCCAAAGGCAGCUGCAGGAGCUCAUGUCUGCCACAUCACUAGUGAAACCACAAGGGCAAAGAGGAUCCCUUUCAAGGAGCAGCUUUGAUGGCUCUCCAGCCACUCCUGAUAGCGCACGGUCUGUGCGAAAUGGCCGCAGUAGGGUCUUGGAAGCUCUAAGGCAGUCCCGCCAGGCACUGGCAGAUAUAAAUACAGAGCCAUCCCAGAGUGAGCAGAUCAUUUGGGAUGAUCCUACUGCAAGGGAAGAGAGAGCGAGACUUGUCAGCAACCUUCAGUGGCCUAACAGUCCCUCUCAGUACCUUGAGCAAGGUCAGAGUAACACCAAUAAGAAUGUGGAUGAGUCUGCCCUCAAAGGAUCUGUACCUGAUGCAGAGAUGGCUGGAAUAGCUGUUCCUGAGGCUGGGCGUGGAGAUGUGAUUGAAAGUCUGAAGAAUCCCAUAUGUAGAGAUCCCAAAGCGCCAGCUAUGGAUUACUCGAUCCUUACUCCACAGGCACCCAGCAUUGCUUUCCCCCUGGCUAACCCUCCUGUGGCACCAGAGCCGAAAGAAAAGGUUGUUACUGAAGAUGAGAAGGCUGAUGAAGAAACCGAAAAAGUCCGUAAAUUUCAGCUGUCUUCUCUAAAUCCUCAAGAAAGAUUUGAUUACUGCCAUCUGAUUGAGGAAUUAGGUGGAAUAGUACUUGAGAAACAGUACUUUGAUCCGAGCUGCACACACAUUGUUGUGGGACAUCCUCUUCGGAAUGAGAAGUUCUUGGCUUCGAUGGCAGCUGGAAAGUGGGUGCUUCAUCGUUCCUACCUGGAGGCGUGUAGAGGAGCUGGCUCCUUUAUUCAGGAAGAAGACUAUGAGUGGGGAAGUAACUCCAUACUUAAUGUUUUGUCUGGAAUCAAUGUAAACCAGAAGAAACUAGCACUGGCAGCCAUGAGGUGGAGAAAAAAAAUUCAUAAAGGGAAGCAAGAAACGGGUGUUGUUGAGGGAGCUUUCAGUGGCUGGAAAGUGAUCCUGAAUGUUGAUCAAACCAAGGAAGCAGGAUUCAGGCGCCUUCUUCAGUCAGGAGGAGCAAAAGUGUUCUCUGGCCAUUCUGCAUCUCUCUUUAAAGAAGCAACUCACCUCUUUGCUGACUUCAGUAAGCUGAAGCCAGAUGACUCCAGGGUGAACGUGGCAGAGGCAGCAGCCCAGGGAGUGAACUGCCUCAAACCCGAGUACAUCGCUGACUACCUCAUCCAGGAUCCACCUCCCCCUAUGGAGUCUUACUGCUUGCCAGAAGCUGAGUCUUACCUUCAGAAUAACUCAGAUACUGGAAUUGGAUCAUCCCAGAAAAGAAAAGCACUGGGAGAAAUGAGCAGAGUCAAGCGAUCCAGAAUACACUAAGCAUAUUCUCUGUUCUUAAUUUGUACAUUUUUAAAUUCAUAUUUAUAUUUUUUCAUUCUUGCCCAAAAAAUUAAAAGCUUUGAGUUUCAUUUCUAACUUGUCCUGAGAUUAAAAUAAAUUUGCAGUAAUGCUUAUAGGAAGGACUGCUUUGGUUACCAGUAGCAUCUAAAAAUAUGGCAAGAAUUCAUCAAAAACAUACUUACCGUGUCCAAACUAUCCCAUCACUAGACUAGUGAUUUUGUCUGUGGACACAGUUGUAUAUAGUUCAGAAAUCAUUUGUAAAAUGCUUAUCACAUCUUUUAUCUGUGUGUUGUGGCAAAAAUACCAAUUGAUGAGAAUUCCAUUGCAUUUUCCAUAUAGUAAUAGACUUAGAUUUUUACAUUAUUUUUUCAUCUUUUGGUAUUUUCUAUUGGAAGGGAAGAGAGAAACCAGACAAAAAGAACUGGCUUGUAUAUUUUUGUACUACUAGAAAGUGUAAUAAAUUAUUUCUAUAGAUUACAGGUGCUGUUGCUGCCAUCCUGACUGCUAAUGAAUCUCCUCAGCAACUGUAGAAAUAAUUCCGUUACCCAAGAGGUGAAGUUUGUCUUGACCAUGUUCCCUGUUUGAGUCUGUGACAGGAACAGAGCCAGACAAAGACUUCAUUUACUAGCAGCUGGGAAUGUUCUUAGUCAGACAACCAGAAUAUUUGACAAAGUCUUUGAUGUUUUCAGUUACAGUGGGUCUGGGUCUGUAUUUACAGAACUUCAUGUGUGAGUGCACUGAGUUAGUGUAGGCACAAGUGUUCUCAUGGAACCUGAAGAGCUGUAUUUAAGCAGCUGGAAUUACUACAGCCUGUUUGAACUGAAAAGCACAGCAUCCAGUUGCACAGGACCAGUGGAGUUAUCUGGAAGAAUACAUGUAACUGAAGUCUAUUUAAUUUACUUCUUUUUUGUUUUGAAGGUCAGGGUGUAUUUUAUGUUUAUUUUCUAGCUGCUGAAUACUGUUUUCUAGAAAGGGUUUGCCAUCAAUAUUUGUUGCAGAUCCAAGACUGAGCCACAAGCAUUAAAGCCCUGGGCAACCUGGAGAGUCACUCUGGGCAGGGCAGAACAAACGUUUUGCUGCUUGGGGAAGGGACAAGGCACCUGAGCCAAGGGGUCUCCAGGUGAGAGAGAACAGGAAAGCAGCUUGUCUUUAUGUGCAAGGCUAUAUACUCUGUGCUUCUGAUUUCUUGGUUUAGUGCAGCAGAUCUUAUGUCAGUGAGCUCUGCAACCUGCUGUCAGGAUGACCUGAAGGAAUUGUCAGAAAGAUUGAGAAUGAAUAUGAGGGAUUUGAUUCUUUUUAAGAAGUGGAAUCUGUGCCCCUGUCACUGGGGUCUUGGCUGUGACAAGACUGCUAUGUUGAGCUGCAGUGACUACAGCCUUACCACCUGCUUUUGGUUUGUUUUUGUUUUGGUUUUUUUUUUAUAACAGCUUGAUGCUUUUUGGUAUUUGUGGACAUCAAACAUCUCCAACUUGUUCCAAGUCCACAUACUGAAAAUAAUGCCACUGUUAGUGCCUUACAUCACAUUUUGAAUUAACUGUGUAUUUCACUGUUCACCUCUGAAGUGCUGCUUUGCAUUGCAGGCAUUUGAAAUAGGUGUACUACCAGGCAAGACUAAGGUUUCUGUGACUUUUUCUUCCCAGUCCCCAGAAGCUGUUGUGGAAGAGUAGUGUUGGUAUUCUCACUUUAUAGAUAAGUUAAGGGGGUCAGGGAAUGGUUUUUUAAGCUUUAAAAGAAGUCUUGGAGCCACACAGUUCCUGCAACUGCUGUGAAUCCUGGGGCAGGGCAGAAGGGGAAGCAGCUAAAAUCAGGCAUAUACCAACCCACAGUGGUAACCUGGGAUCUGAGUGCCACAUAUUCUCCAGUGUUCUCUGCCCUUGUGGACACUGGUUUAAAGCCAGGGCUGGGGCAGAACAGUGAGGGAGGGCUGGGAGGACAGAAACAGAAAGCAGCUGUUCCAGCCAGAGCCAGCUCCUCUUCUGCGCUGGGCCUCCAACAUCCAGCUGUCUGUAUGCCACACACAGGGGAACACAACACAAGCAAGACAAAUUGGGAGAUGGAAAUUCAGUUGGUGCUGUUAAGAUAAAUUUAUUUUCUUCAGCUUUCUUCACAGGAAACAUCAUGAAAGUGCUUUACAGAGUUUGAAUACCAUUACUCUACCAUGGGACAAAAGGACAACAAGUGUGUGCACUGCACAGUUAGAAGUUGUCAUAUGCAGAAGCCAUGAUAGGUAAACCAGGGUAAAAACAAAAAUCUACUGACAAAAAUAUAUAUUGUUCAGGUUUUGAACUUAAGUUAUGACUAUUAACACAAUUUUAUAAAUAUACAGGCACCAUUAGGUUCCUGUGUUAACUGUGGGGGCCACACAGGGAUUCUCAGAAACAGAUCAUAUUGAACUCUGCUGAAACAGUUUCUGCUGUGCUCCAUAGGCUCCCAGCCAAGCCAUUUCCCCAGACAGUAUAAUUCUUUUUUUUUGCACUACACUGAGCCCACAGUUAUCUUCGUUUCUUCACAUUAAGUCUGGUGCUGAGGCAUUCUGGUACACUGUUGAAAACAAAUUCAAGGGCUUUUUUUUUUCCCUUUUGAUUUACAGGGAGCUCUGCUUACAAUUCUUCC